AUGGCCAGGGAAAGGACCGCAGAGGAUUUAGAAGCGAAGUUGGAAUUGGCGAAACUCUCCCGCAAGGAUCUGGCGCCUCUCAGUCAGAGUCUGUUCUUCCACCCUGAAGACAACAGUGAUCUCAUACUGAUUGAGAUGGAUUCUCAUCUUAUGGAAGAACUCGGGAAAAACUUGACGAUACGUGGUGAAGCCGAGGACGAUCUGGUAGUGUGUACCGAGUCCCGAACAUACUCCGUUCGUGAGGCCGAGAUUUCGAAUUCUUUGCUCGUGGUCCCUCACUUGGAGAUCUUGAGUAAAGAAAACCCGGGAAGCGAAGGACUAGAGUCGAAGCGAGUCAUCAGAACUUUUCAUCAUUAUUGGGAGCCGAAACAGAUGAAGCCGUCGGCAAGGAAACUACACAGGAUCCUCGAGCGCCGCAUGUACCGCGGAGAGGUUCUCGAUGAGCAUGAUGAGUCAGAAUCCUCGAAGACUUCCUUCGAAGACUUGUUGGAUGUUGUGCAAUCUUCCCGAGGAGAACUUGAGGCGAUGCUGGCAUCCAUCGGUGCGAUCCCCCACCGAGGCAAAUACCGUCUACUCGACUUCGAAUAUAAGUGUCGCGUCUUGGAGUUCAUCCUCACGUCAAUCGAGAGCAACUCCAUGGAUCUCGGAAAUUUGAACGUCGAAACGAUCGUCAGCGAAGUUUCCGACCUAGAGCCCCGAUCUAUCGUCGAAAGCAUACUCAACAUGUAUCUGAAGCCUGGUGGAGCUUGCCUGGAUAAGGAUAAAGUGUGCCGAACUCAAGCCGAAGCUCUGUUGCGCAACGGCGAGAGCUUCAAAUUGACUGACUUUGUAGAGACUUGGAGACAGAGUUUACCCGAAGGUUUCGAUCCGGAUCUCAGCUGUCUGUACGGGAUCUCGUACACUAGUGAUGAUUCCAACCCUGCCAGGGCAACGAUACAUUACUUAUCAUUUUGGGAUCUUCCGGAGCAAGAAUCAGCACGGCUGCAAGCUUUACUACGUCUGAAGAACGCCUGGAAACUAGAUGAAAUCAAGCCUUACAUCGAAGAUUUGACUUUGCAGAACGUCAACUCCCUGCUCCUGAAAUAUGCACGAGCUUUCAAAGUUGCCGGACAAACGUUUUAUUCAAAAAAAUAG